AUGUUCUUGAGAGUUAGAGUAGCCCCUGGAGAUGCAGAUUCAUUGCGCUUUUUGUAUAAGCAGGACCUCCAACAAGCAGGAUCGCCUGACACUUAUCAGAUGGAAUCGCAUAUCUUCGGAGCCAGCUGCUCACCGGCAAAUUUUGCACUCAAGCUAACUGCCAUAGACCAUGCCACAACAUUCAGCAAAGAAGCGACCCAAGCCAUCGAAGAUGAGUUCUACAUGGACGACUUCAUCAAGUCUAUAGAGGGCAUCCCACCUGCUAUACGUCUGACCCGAGAAGUUGUAGAUUUGGCAGCCAAAGGGGGGUUUAGGCUCCAUAAAUGGAUGUCCAAUGCAAAGGAAGUAUUGGCUGCUCUGAAUGUCACUGAACUAGCAGUACAAGCGCUAGACUUCGACCAGGCGGACCUUCCCUGUCAGAGAACGCUAGGGAUGCAGUGGUACAUCCAAGAAGACGCCUUCACCUUCAGCUGUGAACCCAAGGACACUCCUUUGACCAACCGAGGCCUCGUCAGCACCAUGUGUUCAGUCUUCUACCCCUGCGGCUUCAUCGCCCCGUUCAUCGUCUGA